AUGUCCGCCCUGAGGCAAAGGGCAGCGCAGGUUGCCAGGACCGUGCGGCCUUCCGGUGUCCGCAACACCCGGUCUUACGCCUCGAGCCACGGUCACCAUGACGCUCCCCACAACGUCGAGGAACCUAUGGGGCCCCUCCUUCCCGGCAUCCUCGGCGUGAUUGCUAUUGCGACCAUCACCUACAAGCUCUCGCGCCCCGGCGAGAACGGCGAGCCGACCGCUGUCCACAAAUGGGUUGCUAAGAUGACUGACUACGGGAGCGAGUGGGAGAGGCGGAAUGCGCUGUUGGCGACGGCGAUCCAGCAGGCCGCCGAGGAUAGGCACUUGCUUAACACCGUUCCGCGCCCCAAGAACGUCGAAUUGAGUUACCCUGAGGUUUUUACGCACGGCUCGCCCUACAACGUCCCGGCUGGGCACUACCCCAACAUCGACAACGUGGUCCGCCACUACCAGAGGAAGUACCAAACUGAGGAGGAGCGCAAGGCAAAGAAGCUAGCAGCAGCAGCGGCGGCGGCGGCUGCCAAGGAUUCCCAGGCCCCCUCCCACCUCCUCCGCGCACCCCCCUCCCCCCUCCCAGCCGUGCGCCUCCGCCUCGUCAGCCCCGCAGUCGGCUACGGCCUCUUCGCCGCCCGCGACCUCGCCGCCGACGAGUUCAUCUUCCACGAAGCCCCCCUCCUAACAGCCCUCUUCAACGAGAAAUUCGCCGCCGACCGCGCCCUCGUCCAGAGCCAGGCCGCCUCGUACCGUGCUGCGCUCGCGGCUCAUCGUGAUGUGGUUGCUGCUGCGUACCCGGGGUUGGCGGCAAGGGCUGCGGGGGUUGUGCCGGGGGGGUAUGAGGAGGUUAUGCGGGUUUUGAGGGAGGGUGGGGGGUUGGGGAUGAAUUUGGUUGGGGGGACGGUGGGUAAAGGGGAGGGAGUUGGUAAGCAGUAUGCUGGGGCGGAGGUGUCGAGGGAGGAGUAUGAGGCGUUUGUGGCUGGGUUGAAGGUGCCAAGUGCUGGGGUGACUGAGGCGGAUACGCGGGAGGCGUGUUUGGAUUUCUUUAAGCACUAUGCCUUUCAGGUGCCGGCGAGCAAUAGUACCACGGGCGGCGCAUCAGGUGGUGGUGGUGGUGGAGGAGGAGGAGCAGGAGGAGGGGCAGCAGGAGGGACAAGCGGAAACGCAAUGGUUGGUGCCGCCUCUACGGGCGAGGCGUGCAUAUACCUCCUAGGCUCGCUUAUCAACCACUGCUGCACACCACCGCCGGCGACGACAACGAGCAAGCGGAAGAAGAACGGGGAGACCGGGCCGAAUUGUACCUGGCGGAUUGGGCCGUCCGGCCUGGCACACUUUGUCAAGCCGCGGCAUAUCUGUGUGCAGGCACGCCGGGCGAUCCGGGAGGGCGAGCAGUUGACAGAACACUCGGACUGGUGA